GCGGCGGAGCUGGUACUGAUGCUGCCGGAGAGCGACGCAUCUUCGGACGGACACCAACCACCAACGCCUUUGGGCCGUAGUGCGGACAGCGCAUGCGCUAGAGGAGGAUUCUGGGCAGCCCCCCUCAGUGAAGAGCACCUGAUUCUCACAGCGCAGCACCAGAAAACCCCUCCUCCUCCCCACAGCAGCCACCCACACGCUGCCUUUUCUCGUCCGUCUCAGUCGGCGGUGCAGGCGAUCAGGCAGCAGAGAACAGGAUGAGGCUGAGAAGACGACCACCAAGCACAUGAGAAGAUGAAAAUGUGGCUGAGGCAGGCGACUCUGGCGGUGCUCACAGUGGCAACGGCAGCCAUGGCAAUAUCAUCUCAGACUUCUGUAUUUCUGAACAAUAAAGAGGAGAGAGUUGAAGUUCCAGCCGGUUCCACUCUGAUUCUGCACUGCUGUCUGGACACAAAAAGCAGAUCUUGGAUAACCUGGUAUUUUCAACCCACUGGAAAGAGCAGGAACUCUACCCAAAUCUUUAAGAAGAUGAUUAACAAAUCUGCAAGCACCUUUCUGGAUGACUGUAAAGACAGCGAAAAGACGUACAGUAUAAUGCAUGUUAAUAAAACGGACAGCGGAUUGUACUAUUGCAACGUCACUGUAGACAUUCCUCUACCAUCAAACAAUGGGAGCAAAAGCAAAGAAGUAGUUAUUAUGAAGAGCGUAGUGGAAAACACAACGCCACUUGUGAUGAAUGAACCAGUGACUUCCUUUGACUCCACGGUGCAGUUCGAAUGGUGGAUGUGGGUCCUGGUGGGAGUUUCUGCCUUCGUCCUGCUCGUCCUGAUAGUCGUUUGCAUCCUGCUGAGAAGAUGCGCCAACAGAAACAGAGAAGCGGAUCCCAUCUAUGCAAACACUCACUCUAAAAUUAAAGGCUCUUCUCCUCGGCCGGAGAUGAACCACCUGAAGACCGUCUCCUCGUCCCAGAACCUGCGAACCCCCAGUCCUGGCCAGAGAUACGGUGAAGGCAAACGGAGACCCAGACAAUGAAGAACGUCACAAACCAAAUAACCAAAGUGUAGCCAAAAUCUGAGAUAGUAUUUACUGCAAGAACUGUGUGUUUCAUUAUCUCUCUAAGUUAAAUUCAAUUUUAACUUUCUGGACACAUUUGGCUUUUGUAUAUUUGUAUUUUUUGUCAUAUAUCUCAGGUAUUUCCAGUCAAACACUGUUUUAUUAUGAGCCACUAGAUGGCAGACGGUGGAUGCUGUGAAUCCAAACCAGUUCCCUUUUUGAAAAAUUUGUUUCCCUUUUAUGUAUUUUAAGACCUUAUAAUGUUUGAAUAUGUUUCCAAUAGGUUUUGCAUGUAAAUAAGCAAGAAAAGAAUUUAAAACUGAUUUUUUUUAAAAAACAUUGGCAUAGCUGAAGUAGAUAUUUUUUGUCAAGUAUUUGCUUAUUGUUAAAAUUCAUAUUAAAUCUCAAGAGAGUGAAAAUGCUGUUUUUGCUGUAGCCUACAGUUUACAUUAAUUUGAAUUUUAACAUAUGAGAUGUGAUGGUGUCCUAAUUGGGUUUAAUUUGGCACUUUAAGGGCGCGUCAAAAUCACAUUAAAACGGAGAAAAAAAUCCAAACAAGUGGAACCUGGGAUGUUGUUUUCUCGUCCCAUGUGAUUGGUUGCAAGGUGAGCGAGUGUCUUUUAAAGAAAGGUACGAAGUCACGGAGUCACAUGACCGGGCUCUGCCUACCGCUGAGAGCUGCCGGGUAAGUCGCUCUCUGGCUGCAGGAAUUAGAUGAGGACUGGACGUUACAGGUGGAGCGGAGGAAAGCGCACAGCCGGAUCCGAGACGAGACGAGCGGCGGAACGGUUCGAUCAGCGACAGAUCCCGAAGUGAGCUAGCGUGAAAAUGAUCUUCUCGGGCAUCCCUCAGCACUAGCCGGGCAGCAUGGCUUCUGCUCCUCCUUCCAGAGAGGACACCAGCAGCUCAUUAGCACAGCGCUGGAGGCUAACGCCGACAUAGAUAUCCAGCGAGCAGGACACCGACUUCAAACUGAGCCGGAGAAGGCUGAGCUGCUCUCCACAAGUCCUGGCUGCACGUCUGAAUGAAUCGCCUUUAGAGCUAAACAAAGUUGCUGCAGUGGCACAUGUCCAGGACAGUGACAGCUGCACGGUGUGACCACAUCUGGACCAAAACUCUGGACCAUGUUCUGUCUCUGAUCGGGUGCUUCGGUGGCAGAGCUGGACUGUGCAGCUCUUCCACACUUAGACAAACCUGGACCCUGAGCCAUGUCUCCUCUGUCAGCCCUGAGCAUCGUCUGUGGAUUGAUGCUCCAUGUUUGUUUCAGUCGCUACUGUGUCCCACGAAAGACUGUCCCCUUCCAGAACGAGCUGAAGUUCUUCAGAGAAGAGGGGAUCUUCAAUUACUCGACCAUGCUGAUGAGAGAUGACCUGGGCGUUUGCUGCUCGGGCAGAGAGGCCAUCUACGCUCUGGACAUCAACAACAUCUCAGUCAGGAAGGCGGCGGUGUACUGGCGAGUCACCGAGGAGAAGCAGAGGGAGUGCACGUACAAAGGAAAAACGCCGACGGUUUCGUGCAGUGAAUGCCGUAACUACAUUCGAACCCUGCACAAAAUGAAUGACACGACGAUGUACGUGUGCGGAUACGAAUCUUUUAGCCCGACAUGUGACUAUUAUACGUUCGCUAAUGGACAGCUGAGGCUGGAGGAAAAGCAGGAGGAGGGAAAGGGAAGUGUCCUUUUGAUCCCUUCAGAGAUACUCCUCCUCAUGGUUGGAAAUGACCUGUAUUCUGCUACAUCCAUCAACUUCUUGGGCUCUGAGCCGGUAGUUCUGCGCAGCUCAAACUUGGCCCUUCGCACUGAGUUCAAAAGCUCCUGGCUCAGUGAGCCAAACUUCGUCUACAUGGACUUUGUGGGUGAGAGUUUCGAGAGUCCCGACGGUGAUGACGAUAAGAUUUACCUGUUCUUCAGUGAGAACGCCAUGGAGUACGACUUCUACAGCAAAGUUGCAGUGUCACGAGUGGCCCGUGUCUGCAAGGGGGUAUGGGCGGCCAGCGGGACACUGCAGAGGAAAUGGACGUCGUUCCUGAAAGCACGUCUGGAUUGUUCUCCUGAACCCAGCCUGCCCCCCAUUGUCCAGGAUGUCUUCCUGCUGAAGCACAAGAACUGGAGGAAGAGUGUCUUCUACGCUGUCUUCACACCGGCAGUCGAGCUUGUCCCAGUCUCUGCAGUCUGUGCAUACAGCGUGUCCGAUCGAGAGAUUUUUAAUGAGGGAAAGUAGACGCCUGUUGCCGUGGAGACGUCUCAUGUCAAGUUGAUGUACACGGGUGAAGUGCCGGUUCCCCGACCGGGAGCGUGAUGCAUCAACAAUGUGGCUCGUAAAAUGGGGAUGAAUCGCUCCCUGGACCUUCCGGAUAAAACCCUCCAGUUCAUCAGGGAUCGACCUCUAAUGGACGAAGCUGUUCGUCCGUUGACCGGAGCGCCAUUGCUGGUCAAGAGAGGACCUCUGCUGACUCGGAUUGUUGUGGACAGCGUUUUGGCGCUGGAUGGGCAGAGCUACAACGUCAUGUUCAUCGAACAGGUAAACCAGAGAAUACGUGAAAGACCGUGUGUAAAGCGCUUAUUUUGGGGUCAUUUUAUAUUUUUAUACAGAAACGGUUACAUUCAGAAGUCUGUAAACUACGCUGGAGAGAUGUUCAUCAUUGAGGAGAUUCAGUUGACAGAAAACCCCGCCAUCAGCAUUCUGCAUCUCUCAUCCAGCAAGGGCCAACUGUAUGCCGGUUCAGAGUUUGGCACCACCCAGAUGCCGGUCAGUAACUGCAGCCGCUAUGAGUCUUGUGUGGACUGUAUCCUGGCCAGAGAUCCUUACUGUGCCUGGGAAUCCUCCGCCGAUCAGUGCUCCUCCGUCAAAAGCUUGUCAUCCUCCUCAAAUGAAGCAGUUCAGAGUUUAAAGGAGGGAGACGUGUCACAGUGUCCUCCACCAGAUCCAGUAGCAGCUGUCGACUUCACCCUGGUUCCGCAGAACAACAUCCAGCUGCCUUGCCAGCUUCACUCCAACUUGGCGCAGGUUCACUGGCGCUUCUCCGACCGAAUGCUUCACUCCGACAGCAAAUACUACAUCUACAGCGGGGGCCUCCUCAUCCUGAGUGCCUCCGAAUCAGACGUGGGGCUGUACGCCUGCGACUCAGUAGAGGAGAUAAACGGCAGAACAUACAACCGCACUGUGGCGGUUUAUCAUUUACAACUCUACUCCGGCCCGGAGGCGGGAGGCAGCUCCACUCCUGGCACCGAGGUGAUAAAUUCCUCAGACUCUAUUCACAGCGUGAACACAACAGCACCAGGGCCGGGGGUGCUGAUCGAGGAGCCACCGGCCCCUGAGACUCAGAGCGACACCGGCAGAGUGACUCAUCUAGAGGUGGCUGUGGCCGUUCUGUCGCUGCUCUGUAUCUCCCUGAUGGGCAUCAUAUUCUGGAUCUGGAAUCGAGAACGUUGGGAGUGUUUCAAGUUUGUGCAGAGCUCCAGCUCCAGCGAGGCGAAGAGGCAGUCAGCCGAGUACAUGCACAUCCAGAACAGAACUUCAGAGAUAAAGCUCCUGGGGCCGGAGUGUGGGAGACCUUGCAGUGCCAAUAAUAAUCACACUGCUGUUGACUUCAAAGGGAACGGGGAGCACCACUUCACACCUAUGGCCAACAUUUCAAGUCUGGAUGGUCUGGGAUACAUAAAUGAUGAGUCAGAGAUUUGACUCUGCUGAGGUAUAGAAUUCAGUCCAGGGCCAGCACCACUGCACUAAUUAUCUUCCUAUAGGUGUCCUCCUACUGACAGAGCUCUUAAAAACUGUUUUCACAUUAUAAAUUCUUUUGAUUGGUGUCCUGUUUCUCCUUGCCAAUUUCCUUCACUGUCUAUCAUUUCCAUACUGUAACCGGGCAGCUGAUGCACUCUGAAUUAGACACGGUGGAAAUCUCACUCCGGGAAAUCAUUAAAAACACAGAUUUUUAUAUAAAUAUAUUUUGUAUAAUGACAAAUUGUGAAUACACUUGUGUAUAAUUUGCCGUGUACAGCCAAAUUUCUUUUUUUUUGACUAUUUAUUUGUUGCAGUUAUGUUUUUAUUUCAGCUCAAUACUGUUGUAAUCUUGUAAAUGCCAAUGGAGAAGUAGCAUUUUGAUUACUAAAUUCCAAGCACAUUUCAUUUAAUGGAUACUGCAGUUUAUUUAUAACAUCAGUCAGUGGCUGUGUUAAUGAUUAAUCAAUAGCUCGUACUGCUUUUUCAUUUCCUGGUGGCAGUCAAAAGAUGUACUACAGAUAUACCUCCGCUUUAAACACUGAAAAACCACUCAUGCAGUCUUUGUUAUACCUCUAUCUUCCAUAAAAAAAGGGACUAUUUUACUGUAUUAAAUGUUUUAUCAUCAUUUAGGGUGAUCUGGUAUCCAGGGGUACACAGCUGCAUUUCAGCUUCCGAGCAUAAACUGAAGUCUUACUAUGAAAAAGACAAAAAUGUCAGUGGAAUGUAAAAGUGUGGGCGUACUUUUCUGUCAGCGAAUCAACUCCAAGACACAUCACAUGCAAGAAUUUUGGUGUCAAACUCUGGAAAAACGCUGCCUUGUUCAUAAUAAAAAUAAGAAAAAAAAAACAAACAAAAAACUUUGCUGAGGAUCUGACGUGCAUCUAACUGUCGGUGAUGAUUAGCUUCUCUCUCUCUCCACAGCUGAGAAAUUUGAUUUUGAGUGUGACGGGCUUGUUGUCUUGAUGUUUCCAGCAGAUACUCCUGUGGUUUUGCAGGGCGGGAUAACACCACACACAGAGACACACACACACUCAGUUAUUUCAGACCUGUUUGUUUUGGUCGCAAAAAAGUCAAAUGCAGGAAUGUAGCCUCAAUCUGUUUUUUUUCCCCCUCCACUCUAUCAUUAACGCUAGAGCUCAGAGCUGCAUUGUGCUUCAUGUGAAACAAGCACAGUAGGUAUGAAAGGCUUGAAGUGGGUCUCUGCUCAAUUAUUCAACAGUGCAGUAUACGCAAGUUGCCAUUAACAGAAUUUAGGAUGUAUAUAUUAGUUUUUUAAGGUAAUAAAUUAAUAAAACAUUGCAUCGA